CUCAGAAAACCACCUCUAAUCUUUGUAUCUUAUUGCCUCUCAGACUGACACAACCUCACCAUGUCGACACACUUUGCAGUAGCAACAGUGGGCGUCAAAGCCAAGCUCGAACUCAUCCGAGUACCUACUGUCAAACCUACAGGAGAUCAGGUCCGUAUCCGAAACGAAUGGACUGCCUCCACACCAUUAGAUCUGCACCAGAACGACGGUGGUCUUCUGGUGAAGCACCCGCAGGUCCUUGGUGACGGCACCGCGGGUACAGUUGUCGAAGUCGGACCUGAUGUGAAAAGACUCAAGGUCGGCGACAAGGUAUUCGGAUUUACGUGGAGAACCCAAGCGGAGAAGGGGCAACAGGAGUUUGCUACGGUCGAAGAGUGGCUGCUUGCUAAGCUCCCAGAAGACUUUACGCUUGCAGAGGCGAUAACCCUUCCAGACAAUCUCGUCACGGUGUUCCAUACGCUGACAGCAGACCUGGGCAUCGAGCUGCCGUGGCCAAAGCCGAAUGAGUACGUGCCAGCGAAUGCUGACAGUCCGAUCCUGAUCUGGGGCGGGUCGUCAUCUGUCGGUCAGUUCGCGCUACAGGUCCUGCGAUACUAUGGCUACACCAAUGUCCUGGCCACUGCCUCCCGCAAGCAGCAUGACAAGUUGCGCAACCUUGGUGCGAAGGCUCUGUUCGACUACAAUGACCAGAACAUCGUGGCCUCCUUACUCCAAGAGGGCGGUGCAACUGGCAUCCCGCUGAUCUUCGACUGCAUUGGAAGCAAGUAUGGAAGCAUUGCACCCAUCUCCCAGGUCGCAAGGGACGGCGCGAAGGUUGCUAUACUGCUGCCGGUCAUUGUGCGAGACUCGACCGAGGUAGAAGCUCCUGAGUACGAGAUGGACGUCAAGAAGGCGGCAGACUGGAAGGCAGGUGUCGAUGCUCGAGGCGUUAGAACACACUUCUACUUAGACAACGAAUUCUUCAGAUACCACCUCCAACCUGACAUUAUGCCCACGAUGCUGAAAGAGCGCAUUGUCGAGCCACAAAGGCAGAAAAUUGUCGAAGGCGCGACGUUGUUGGAAAGAGCGCAAAAAGCGAUGGACAUGCUUCGGCGCAAAGAAGUCAGUAUGGAGAGAUUGGUCUGGUCUGUCAGCGAUACCGAACCAUAAGAG